AUGACACCAAUAACGAUCGCGAAUGCUCUUGCAUCGACUGUAACACUCAAUGAUGGUACUGUUAUGCCAAUGUUUGGUCUUGGUGUUUAUCGCAUUGACAAUAAUUGUAGACAUGAAUAUCUCGAAUCAAAUUAUGUCGAUUUAUACAUGAUUCAUGCACCGAAAGAUCACCAUUGUGCUGAUGCAUAUCAAGCACUACUCGAUGCUAAGAAACAAGGAAAAAUAAAGUGA